AACAUCAAACUUUCAAUCUUCAUCAAGACCAAAUUUCAUCGUUUUCAUUUUUCUCUAAAAUUGAAGUAUUAAUCUAGUCAAGUCAAGUUUCAAAUCAUUUUAGCAGGAAAGAUGUGUAAAGAAAGACGUAUAAUGUGUGAGUCAAGCAACAAGAUCAGAGUAUCGCCAUACCCGCUUCGAUCUACUAGGACCAACAAACUCAAAGCAAUUGAGUCACCUAUUGAAACAGAAUGGGAGGAUGUGAGGUGUGUGAUCUGCAUGGAACCGCCCCACGAUGCUGUUCUUUUGACAUGCUCUUCCUCCCUCAAUGGAUGUCGUCCUUACAUGUGCGGCACGAGUGUUCGUCAUUCCAACUGUUUCAAACAGUUUUGCAGAAACAACAGAAAAAAGCACUCAAACACUAAGACCUUACAUUGCCCUCUAUGUAGAGGAGAAGUCUUUGAGACCAAAAAGGCGGCGAAGACUGCAAGAAGAUUCAUGAAUGCUAAACCGAGGUCUUGCCCUGUGGAUGGCUGUGAAUUUUCUGCGACGUAUUCUCACCUUAAUAAGCACUUGAAAACUGAGCAUCGGGGUCUUGUCCCGACAAAGGUCGAUCCACAAAGGCAAUGUAGGUGGGAAAUGAUGGAAAGACAUGCUGAAUAUGUUAAUCUCAUGACUGCAGCUGGGAUUCCACAUAUGUCUGAGGUUGUGCAUCAUCAACUUCCGAACAAUCAUCAUCUACCAAUGUUCCAUGUGAACUUUAAUGGAACCCUGCCAAAUUUGAUUGGUCCGAGUAAUGUAAGUAACGGAUUUAGUCUCGUCAACCACGCCGCAGUUUUCAUACCCACACUACAGUUUCGACCAAUGGACACGUAUCGUGGUAGGACUCCAUGAAGAAUCUUAAAUGGUUUAUUGAAAAACCAAAAUUAUGAUUCUGUUCAAAGUGCUAAUGUCUUAAU